UCAACAACCCAAUAGAAUUUUAAGUUUCUUCACUUUCUUUUUAUAAACUUUUAUUCUUCCAAUGCAAUUUUUUUCAUGCUGUUGAAUUCAGUGGUCUUUGAGGACCCUACCAAUUCCUUGAUGGAAGGGGUUUAUCCGAUAUUCCAUUAUAGUGAAAUAAUUAAUAGAGUGCAAAUUUCUUAUCAUACUCUCAUUUCACCUUAACUCCAAAAUUGCUUUAUGGUCUUCUGAUUCCUUGUACCCUUAAUCACAGCCAUCUGAUGCCGCUUUUAAUAGUUUCAGUUCAUUUAUAAGUAAUACUAGUCUUCCACAUUUGGGAGGGUGACAAAAACAGAACCAACUUUUCGAGUCAGGAUGCCGGGGUUUGGCGUUUUCCCUCUUGGUAGCUGCUUCGAUGGGUGCCGAGAUCACGCUCAAGCGUCGGGAUUUGGCACCCGAAUAUGGAACUUGAGUGACAGGCCGGUGGAGCUGCAGAUAAGGGUGGGAUCAAUAUUGAAAAGAGUGCAUAAUUUGAAGCCAGGAUGCUCAAAGAGGUUAAAAUGUAAGAGCAUUUACAAAGCAUACAUGCCAGGAAGAAGUAUGAAGAGCUUGCUUUAUUACUAUGAUGAAGCUUGUCAACCUUAUGUUUGGAUACAUGAAAGUGGAGGUGAUUCCAUGAGAAUGGUGAAGCAGCAAUACAUCAGUCUUGAAGACUUAAGGGAGUUUUCUGAGAUCAGAAUCUUUAGGGAUCAUCAACGCGGCUGCGUAUCGGUUCACAAGAAACCAAGGCCCGAUUUUUGCUGAUUCUUACAUUCUUAAAUAUGUUUGCUUUCAACUUUGUAACUUCUAUAUAUGAAUGUUGUUCUUGUUUUUCCAAGUCUACAAUGUCUACUUGUCUUUCCAUGUUUUCUUUUUUCUUUGGAAUUGAACAAAAUCAGAUGACAUUGUUUUUUUCUGCUUUAAA